GAGGAGACUGUAGGCACCCGCCGUAGUAUGGCCGCGUCCCGUUCCUCGCGCGUCACAAGGUCAUCGGUGGGGCUUAAUGGAUUGGACGAGAACUUUUGUGGCCGCACGCUCAGGAACCGCAGCAUCGCUCAGCCCGAGGAGACAUUUGUGUCUCCGCUCCCCAGGGCCCGGUCGCCCAAGAAGAGGCAGGAGUCUCGGCAUGACUCCAGGCAGGUGUCCAAACAGCAGGGGUCCAAGAAGGAGGACAAGCAGGAGUCCAAAUCAGACCCCAAGAAGGAGAAAACCAAACAGGAACCUCGAGAGUACGUUGAAAAUGAGUUGGUCCAGGACUCUGAGCAGCAUAUCUCAUUGUUGGAACGGUUAAAUGACUCCAAAGACUCAAAUAGUCCUUUGGUAGCUGAGCAGGAGCCGUCGUCCGGCCCACUCAAACGUAGCGGCUCGUGUCUGGAGAACGACGUUAGCCCCGAGAAGUCGGAAAACUGCGAUAAAGGGAACGGGGCGCCGGCUGCCCCUCCUUUAAACAAAAGGGCCAAGCGGUGUUCCCGACCCGAAUCUCAGGGACACGAGGAGGAUGCGGCAAAUCCCGAGAGUCCUGUUUCCGACCUCUGUAAAGGCAACACUUGUGAAGACAUUCCUGCCUGUAACUCGGACUUGGCUCCUGCCUCGCCUGCCCUCGCGGAAGAGGAGCCGGCUAAAGAUGGCCGGGAGGUGUGCGAAGAGGCACUGUGCCUCCCGGACUCACACAAGGCCUCCAAUGGACUCGGGGAUGACGUGGUGGAGAAACUCGCCGAGGACUCUUCAACUCCUGCAUCAGUCAUGGGCUGUCCUACGCUGCUCAACGGCGACCAGGCUGGGGCGUCCUCUUCGCCCCAACCGACGGUGCCUUGUACAAACUCCAGCCCGGCGCGCGCAGCAGUCGCAGCCUCGGAGGCAUCGCCUGCGUCCUUCUCGCCGGCUCCUCCGGAGGACCCGCUCCCGGACUUGAUGGUGGCUAGGGAGCAGGAAGUGGAGCACGUUGAGGUGGACGUAGUAGGCGACCCCCUAUGUCUGGCCGGCGAGGAGCAGGUGAUGGACAGCGAGUGCGACGCUAACGGAGGUCCGCUCACGCCGGUCCCAGACGCUGCCUCGGCCGCUUCACCUUCACCCGCAACCUAUAAUAGCAACUCAGGAGAAACGACGCCCCCGCUGGCGCCGACCCCGCCGCCCACCGAGCCCGGUUGCACCCCCCCGUCUUUUGCAGAACUUUACGAACACAGGUACACCCUACGGACUUCGCCACAUAAGGUGUCCCCCGCUAAAGCCUGCUCUCCGCCUCGGGACAACGGGAGGGAAGAAGGGGAGACGGCAGAAGAAAUGGACGAGGACUUUUCUGUUCCCUUGAACUCCUUGUGUCUCCCGGAGGACAAGGGGACCACCAGCGCGCCGCCCGGGGACCAAGCGUGUGGCACCCAUGACGUCGGCAAGGAAGUGGCGUGCAGUCAAACGACUGAGGAGGAGGAGGAGGAGGAAGAGGAGCCAGAUGUGUAUUACUUUGAAUCUGAUCACCUGGCUCUGAAACACAACAAAGAUUACCAGAGGUUGCUGCAAACCAUCAGUGUUCUUGAAGCCCAGCGCACUCAGGCCAUCCUGGACUUGGAGACGUUGGCGCGGCACCAAAGAGAGGCCCUGGCCAACCCAAUUAGCUUUGUGGAGCAGCUGCAGAAGAGGGUGAAUCUCGGCCUGCCGUGCCCCCAGCGUGUCGUUCAGCUCCCUGACCUGUCUUGGGAGCAGUACACCUCUGGCCUCGGGGAUUUCCAGAGGGAGUUUUGUGACAAGAAACGAAAAACCAGGCGGCUCAAGCUCAUCUUUGACAAAGGUUUGCCGGACCGACCGAAAAGUCCCGUGGAGCCCAAGAAGGAGUGCGAAACGUCCACCUUGUAUUCCUCGCUCCCCACUAGUGAUGCCCCGGAGAAUGGCAGGCCGACACAGAUGAUUCGGGGUAGGCUCUAUCACUCCAGCAAGCCUGACACCUUCAACCAGCUGUGGACGGCUGAGGAGCAGAAGAAACUGGAGCAGCUCCUUCUCAAGUUCCCUCCUGAGGAAGUGGAGUCCAAAAGGUGGCAGAAAAUCGCAGACGAGUUAGGCAAUCGGACGGCUAAACAGGUUGCCAGCAGGGUGCAGAAGUACUUCAUCAAACUGACAAAAGCUGGAAUCCCUGUGCCUGGUAGAACCCCAAACUUGUACAUGUACACUAAGAAGGCAUCCAGCAAGAGGCAGCACCAUCACCUAAAUAAGCACUUGCGGCCCUCCACCUUCCUCACCUCCUACGAGCCGCCUGUCUUCAUGGACGAUGAUGACGACGACGAGGAGCGAGCAGCGUUUUACUGUGCCAUGCACGACCCUUCAGCAGAAGACUCGGAUGAUGACGGCAUCCCCUUGGAGCUGCGUAACCUUCCCGAAUACAAAGAGUUGAUGGAGCUGAAGCGUCUGAAGAAACAAAAGCUUCAGGAGAUCCGCGAGGACAAAGUCGGCGUGCAACACCUGGGAUACAAGUGCGACGUGUGCGGCAUGGACCCCAUCCAAGGUGUACGCUGGCACUGUCAAGAUUGUCCGCAGGACAACGCUGUUGAUUUCUGCGCCAACUGCUCAGACUGCUUGUUCAAGACAGAAACUCACAAGCCCACCCACCACCUGGACCCCGUGUACCAGCCCGAGACGUUCCUGGACCGUGACUACCGCCUGCCCCAGAGCACCAGCUACAACUACCUGGACCCCAACUACUUCCCGGCCAACAGAUGA